CCGGGCCCAGCCGUCCAAGAUGGCGGCGCCCAGAGCUGUGCGCACGCUGCGGCGCGGGGGUUUUGCAGCUGGCUGCCAUAGAGGUUUCUCUUCACUAAGCAAUCGUAUCUACUUACACAAAGAGUCAGGCAGUCAACAAAGAAGAUAUUUCUUUUUCCUGGGACAAAGAAAUACUAGUUACAGUGUAGUUUGGCCAGCUACAGUGUCUCCAGCUCAGCCAGUUCCUAAGAACAUAAAGAGGCCAGACUAUGUGACGACAGGCAUUGUACCAGACUGGGGAGACUACAUAGAAAUUAAGAGUGAAGAUCAGAUUCAAGGGCUUCGGCAAGUUUGUCAAUUGACCCGUCAUAUCCUACUUCUAGCUGGAAAAAGUUUAAAGGUUGGCAUGACAACUGAAGAAAUAGAUUUCAUUGUUCAUCAUGAAAUAAUCAGACAACAAGCCUAUCCUUCACCUCUGGGCUAUGGAGGUUUUCCAAAAUCUGUUUGUACUUCUGUAAACAAUGUCCUAUGUCAUGGUAUUCCUGACAGUCGACCUCUUCAGGAUGGAGAUAUUAUCAACAUCGAUGUCACGGUGUAUUACAAUGGCUACCAUGGUGACACUUCUGAAACAUUUUUGGUGGGCAAUGUGGAUAAAUCUGGUCAAAAGUUAGUGGAGGUUGCCAGGAAAUGUAGAGAUGAAGCAAUUGCAGCUUGCAGACCAGGGGCUCCCUUCUCUGUAAUUGGAAACACAAUCAGCCGCCUGGCCCGCGACGGCGGCUUCCGCGUCUGCCCCUAC